GGAAGUACUGGUAGACUGCCUAGUGACGCGCGGCGUUCCGGAAGUCACUGGGGCCGAAACCCGGCGGGCAGUGGAGGCGGGACUUAGAGGGGCGGGGGCUGAGGCCUGGGACCCGGGAUCUGGAGCGGCCGAACGUCGACUUGACCCCGGAAGUAAGCUGAAGGACCGUGGUGGGUGGCGAGCUGCGGGCUGCGGCGGAGUCUCAGAUAGCAGCAGCAGCGGCGGCGGCGGCUAUGUUUCACUUCUUCCGAAAGCCUGCAGAAUCCAAAAAGCCCUCUGGGCCGGAACCGGAAGCAGAUGGAUUUGUCCUCUUAGGAGCUACAGCAAAUGAAGUGAGAUGUAAAACUUCUGAAGCAGAAGGCAGCCAGGCUUUGGAGAUCAGUGCCUUAUCCAGUCACCAUCAGAGAGGCUCUCUUUGGCAGCAGAUGGGAACAGAUGCAGACACCCACAGCCAGACCGGCAAAGAAGACACAUCCAGCGUGACUGUAUCAGGCCCCGAGACAGAGAAUCAGACAGGCCAGACUCUGCAGAACAACUCACUAACAGCUGAGCUCCUGAGCGAUGUGCCCUUCACCCUGGCCCCACAUGUGCUGGCGGCACAGGGCACCAUCAGCGACCUUCCUGACCACGUACUCUCAUACGAUGUCGGCGACAACUUGUCCCGAUUCUGGUAUGAUUUCACUCUUGAAAAUUCAGUCCUCUGUGAUUUGUAGUCUUUGUGUCUAUGCAUACCCUAGCAGCUUUAAAGGAAAUGAGGCUGCCCAUUUUAUUGAACCUGUGUGAUGUUCUUUGUCAUUUCACUGGUGGCGGCCUUGAGGCAAGCAAGGAUCAUAAAAUAAAUAAAAUAGCAUCAUAUUCAUGGUUUUAUCUUCAAAAUCAAGUGAAUUUAUAUAAAAAUUAAAGUCAAUUUAAUGAAUGGAACUGACUUUGGGAAAAAAUAUGGAUUCAGACCACUCAUAUUUCCCCAUGUGAUAAAAGUCCAAUUGUGGAGAGUAUAUGAGAGGCACAGGGUGUUUUUGCUGACACAACAGUGAAAGAGAAACAAGAACUUCCCUCGCUCAGUUACCAAGGCUCAGCAACCUGAGCAUGGAGCGGGUGUGAAGGGCCUGGGUUCAGAGGAGGCUAUGGUCCUAUGCAGUUACUCUCACAGUGUUUAUGAAUGAGGUCAGACAAACCACUAGGGAAAAUUGAAACCUCUUCGAAACACCAGCCCUUCUUUGCUGAUUCAAGACUAAGGGAGAUGCUUUGGUUUUCUUAGACUCAUGUGGCCCUCUCCACCCUCCUGAAGGAUCGCUGUGUCCUUCUUUAUUCUCAUCCCUGCUGAGUGUGUUGAAGCCCUUUCUAGAGAACUGUCCUGUGGGUCCUUCCUGACCACGUGUGUUCCCAGCUCGUGGGUCUGCUUCUGCUUUCACCUCUUCUGCUUCCUAGAUCACUGCUGAUAAGCCCUGGUUAGAAGUGUGUUGGCCGCAGUACAGUGGCAGGGUUUGACUGUUAAACACACCCAGUUGAAUGAUGCUCCAAUUAGUGUGUAGGCAGACACCCAGAUAGGACUAGAAUGCCCACUGUUUAUUCCAAGUAAAGCUGAGCAGGAUUGCUGUCGGUCAGUACACGACUAAGAGAGUUGGUCUAGAGUAACAGGGCCAUUUCCUUGCCGUGAAAAUUUUAAGUCAUUUCUUUUGAUUAGUUAUAAUUUAUUAAUUCUGUGCCAAAGGUUUUUAAGUAUAUUUUUUCACAAAGAGAGAGUAUCAGGAAAACUAAACACUGUGCAGAAAAGUACAAGAGUUUUUCUAAUUUUUAUGUGCUCUGCAUACUCAUUUAAUAAAUGUGGUGUGGUCUUCAUAAAACAUACUGUGUGAUUUAAAGUUAAAGGGACAUUUGUGAUGACAAAAUUAUACUUCCUUUACAGUUAACAUGACUGUGUGAGAUUAAGGCUUCAAUUAGGUCUUUACAUAGUUUUCAUAAAACAUCUACAUAGGAAAUAUGCCUUAUUUUUGGCACAAAUGUGAACAUUUUGUAGCACUUCUGUGAUGGUACAUCCUUUUUAACUAUCCAUGUUAAUGUACUCUCAAAAUUGAAUGUAAAGAGAUUGUUCUUUUGCUUAAAAUAUGUGAAAAUUUAUAUAAUUAUACAUUUCAUUUAUAUGUAUGUCUUCCGUGUUACAAAUGUGCUUAUAAGUACUUUUUGUCUAAAAUUGUUAUAUUUAAAGAAUGUGAAUUGAAAUAAAUGUUUUGAUUGUUUUCAGAUCCACAAAA